UUCCUGCCCGCCCGCACUCCCUUCCCUUCCUCCCUUCCUCCCCGGCGCUCCGGCCGCUCCGCCGCCGCCCGCCCGGGAACCGCGCUCCGCCGGCAGGCAGCCCGGGCGCGGCGCUCGCCGCGGCGGCGGCGCCAUGAUGAGGCGCACGAAGCCCGAGGUGGAGCGCUACGUCGCCUCCGUGCAGGCCGCGACUUCGUCCCCCAGAGAGAAAUCGAUGAAAGGAUUCCUCUUUGCUAAGCUGUAUUUUGAAAUAAAAGAAUAUGAACUUGCUAAAAGGUACAUAUCUACAUACCUCAAUGUGCAAGAGAGAGAUCCCAAAGCACACAGAUUUCUUGGACAAAUUUAUGAAGCUGAGGAUAACAUAGAAAAAGCUUUUGGGUGUUACAAGCGAUCCGUGGAGUUGAACCCAACACAGAAAGAUCUUGUAUUGAAGAUUGCAGAGUUACUGUGCAAUAAUGACAUUACUGAUGGAAGAGCAAAAUACUGGGUUGACAGAGCUGCUAAGCUCUUCCCUGGGAGUCCUGCUAUUUACAGGCUGAAGGAGCAGUUACUGGAUUGUAAAGGUGAAGAUGGGUGGAAUCAGCUUUUUGACUUGAUUCAAGCAGAACUUUAUGCAAGACCAGAUGAUGUCUACAUAAACAUCCGACUAGUUGCACUCUACCGUUCAAAUAAUAGAUUAAAAGAUGCUGUGCUCCACUGUCAGGAGGCAGAGAAGAAAAUACCUUUGCAGUCAAGCUUGGAAUGGUGUUCCUGUGUUGUAGAGACAUUUGAGGAAUAUCUGGAAUCUUUACAAGACUUGGAGUCUGAUAAAAAUAACUGGAGAACUAUCAAGAAAGAUCAUCUGCUGGCCUUUUCCAGCUUUGUCAAACUGACACUUUCUUCUAGAGAUGUUCAGGAAUGCAGAGAGGCACUUGAAAGUUUUGACCGAGCACUUCAGUCAGUGAAACCAUAUGUGAAUGGGGCUGAUGAGUUGUCUCGCACCUAUGUGGAAAUGAAAGGACAGCUGUACAUGCAUGCUGGAACUUUGCUGCUGAAAAUGGCCCAACACAAUGAGGCACAGUGGAGAGCUGUGUGUGAACUGGCAGCAUUGUGUUAUCUCAUAAGUUUCCAGGUUCCUAAACCAAAGUCAAAAGUAAUAAAAGGGGAUCAAACUGGACAAGAUGUGCUGGAAAUGUUGGCCUGUGAUCGAAAAAGCCAGUCUGGUCAUAUGCUGCUGAACUUAAGCCACGGCAAGCAAGACUUCUUUAAAGAGAUUGUGGAAUCAUUUGCAAACAAGAGUGGUUCAUUUACAUUGUUUGAUAGCCUGUUUGAGAGUGGAGCUUCAAGGGAGAGAUCUUUUAUUGGCACAGAUGAUAUUGGAAAUGUCAGUACACAAGCACCAGUGCAAAUGGAACUCAAUAAAUAUGAUAUUGGUGCUGUUCGAAUGCACAAUGGCAGUCUCCAGCACCUUGUGUGGCUUGGCUUGCAGUGGAACUCUAUGUCAGUUUUACCCCCGAUGCGUAAGUGGUUGAAACAACUUUUCCACUUGCCCCAGGAAACAUCAAGACUUGAGACAGAUGCUCCUGAAUCCAUUUGCUUGUUAGACCUUGAAGUGUUCCUACUUGGGGUGGUAUUCACUAGCAACCUGCAAUUGCAAGAGAAGUUUAAUUCUCACUACAGUGCACAUCAGCCUCAAUUCUUACCAUUGCCAGUGUGCAAACAACUCUAUACCGAAGACCAAAGAUCCUGGUGGGAUGCUGUUCGUACCCUUCUUCAGAGAAAAUCAAUACCAGGAACAGCAGCAAAACUGAGGCUUACUGUACAGCAUGGCAUAAGUACUCUGCGAACACUGGAGAAGCAUGGCCUGCAACCUGCCUUAAUCAUACACUGGGCAAAAAGCUUGCAAAAAACAGGAAUUAACCUCAACUCUUUCUAUGACCAGAAGGAAUACAUUGGACGAAGUGUCUAUUACUGGAAGAAAGUUUUGCCUAUGCUGGAAAUUAUCAAAAAAAAGAGGAGUAUUUCUGAACCUACUGAUCCUCUCUUCAAACACUUCCAUAGUGUAGACAUUCAGGUCUUUCAGGUUGCAGCAUAUGAAGAAGAGGCACAUAUAGCAUUUGCUAUGUUGGAUGCAGUUGAUGGCAAAACUGAUGAUGCUUUGUUAGCGUUUGAAGCUAUUGAGAAUGUGGUUUCGUACUGGAAUCUUGCCAUGAUUUUCCAAAGAAAGGCAGAAGAGAUUGAAAAUGAUGCCAUGCUACCAGAAGAACACGAGGAGCACAAAACCUAUCUUCUUAAAGCCAGGUAUUAUCUAAUGAAGAUCAUUGCGGAAAGCUCCUCAGAUAUGUCAGUAACUGAGAAAUUGCCAGUGUCUAUUGAAACUGUGAGAGAAGUGCUAGAUACAGUGAUCCAGGAACUUGGUGAGAAUGGUGAAGAGGGAAGUCUUGCCUUCAGAAAUGGUCUGUCACGAACUGUAGAUUCAGCAGUGAAACAUUCCACUCCAUCACCAACUAAGUUCUCUUUUUCGCCAACUAAGAGCUACAAGUUUUCUCCUAAAACUCCUCCUCAGUGGGCAGAAGAUCACAAAUCUAUACUUCAAAUGAUUUGUCAGCAAGUGGAGGCUUUGAAGAAUGAAAUGCAAGAAAUGAAACUUAAUAAUUCCAACACAAAUGCGUCUUCUCGCUGGCCAGCUGAAAACUAUGGAACAGAUACAAUGCCAGACGGUUAUCAGAGAGCACAAAAUCUUCAUGAAGCACCAUUAACAGUUGCUACCACUGGUCCAUCUGUGUUCUACAGCCAGUCUCCUGCCUAUAACUCUCAGUAUCUUCUUGGAACUGCUGCAACCAAUGUAACACCAGCAAAGCCCCCUGUCUAUGGCAUGAACCGACUUACACCUCAGCCACAUAUAUAUUCCUAUCAACCACCAAUGCAUACACCACCUCUGCAAAACACUUCUGGUUGUAUGUUUUCCCAAGAAAUGUACGGCCCACCUCUGCGUUUUGAUUCUCCUGGUACUGCGCUCAUCUCUCCUCGUGCGGGUGAUGACUAUUACAAUUACAGCGUUCCACAGGCAAGCACAAAUCCAACACUGCCUAAACCAGGCUACUUCACAAACCGUUCAGUCACACCACCAACUUUAAAGCCCGCAGAACCAAAAGUGAUGCCUAAAUUUGGACAGCCAGGAACAGCUGAAGGAUCAAAAACACCUCUGCCAACACCAGCACAGCCAAGUCAGACACCAACUUUUAAAUUUAAACCUAAUUUCAAGUCUAAUGAUGGAGACUUCACCUUUUCUGCUCCCCCUCAAGUAGCACCACAGCCUCUUAAUGCACCUAUUAAUAGCAGAGAAAGCCUCUUGGAUCUUCUAACAUCUGAUAAACCUUUACAGGAUGAUAGAUACAUCGAACAAAAGCCAGUUAAUGAUCACACAAAUAGUUCAAGAAAUAUCUUUAAUUUUAGCAAUAAACAUAUUCCAGGCAUCUCUCUUAGAGAGAACAUGGGACAAAAUGCACAUAAAAACCUGUGUUUUGACAAGAACGAUACAUUUAGUGUUCAAGAACCAAACAAGCCUGUAUUUAUGACUUCAAAUUCAGAUUUGGCCAAUAGAAGUCAUGAAACAGAGGGAGGAAGCACCCAUGGUGGAGAUGAGGAUGAUGAUGGUCCUCAUUUUGAUCCUGUAGUGCCACUCCCUGAUAAGAUUGAAGUAAAGACAGGUGAGGAAGAUGAAGAAGAAUUCUUCUGCAACAGAGCCAAGCUCUUUCGUUUUGAUGCAGAAACUAAAGAAUGGAAAGAAAGGGGAAUCGGAAAUGUGAAAAUACUGAAACAUAAAGUAUCUGGCAAAUUUCGUCUCUUAAUGAGGCGGGACCAAGUGCUGAAAAUCUGUGCAAAUCACUACAUAAAUACUGAUAUGAAAUUAACUCCAAAUGCUACAUCAGAUAAGUCAUUUGUAUGGCAUGCUUUAGAUUACGCAGAUGAGUUGCCAAAACCAGAACAGCUUGCAAUUAGAUUUAAAACGCCUGAGGAAGCAAUGCUUUUCAAAAAAAGGUUUGAGGAAGCACAGAAUAUUUUAAGAUCCUUAGGAUCAAAUGCUGACGCAUCUGUGACUCAGAAUAGUGGAACUGCAAAAGAAACAACAAAUCAGAACAUCAAGGAGCCUAGCAGAUCCAUUUCUGGAACCCUGAACCUCAACUUUCAGUUCCCUAAAGAUGGCGUGAGCAGUGAAUCUGACAGCAAAAGCAGCCUUACAGCUACAUCAACUGCAUCUGGCCCUGCUAUUUCAUUUGGAAAAGAUGCUCAGCAAGCCUAUUCUGGUGGGUUUGGGCAGCAUCUCAUGAAGAAGGAUCAAUGGGAGUGUAAAGUAUGUUUAGUUCCAAAUGAAGCAACUGCAAAGAAUUGUGUAUCCUGUCAAAAUCCAAAUCCAGAUGUGCGGGAAACACAGGACACCCCAGUAACUGGCUCUGUAAGUUUCAAAGCUAGUGAUAACACAGUGCAGGACAACUUUGGAUCUGCUUUUGCUAAAAAGGAAGGUCAAUGGGACUGCAGUGUCUGUUCAGUAAGAAAUGAACCCACUGCCUCCAAGUGUGUUGCCUGCCAGAAUCCAAACAAAAGUAAUACAGGAAUAUCUGGUCAACAAAAUUCUGCUAAAUUUGGCCAAGCAAUUGCUCCAAAGGCUAUUCAAAAUGACUUGAGUACUGCUUUUUCUAAAAAAGAAGGUCAGUGGGACUGCUCUGUAUGCCUAGUUCGAAAUGAAGCAAAAGAUGUGAACUGCUGUUCUUGUCAGAGUCCUAACCCUCAAAAUCAACCUACUGUUCAGGCAUCCCCUGCUCCUGGGUUUGGUUCCAUUGCUGAUACAAGUAAGCCACAGAAAAAUGGGUUUGAAGGGCUUUUUACUAAAAAGGAAGGGCAGUGGGAUUGUAGUACUUGCUUUGUGAGGAAUGAAGGUUCUUCACCAGCCUGUAAAGCCUGCCAAACACCAAAUCCAUCUGGUAAGCCUUCUGGUGAUGCUUCGUCAGCUCCUACUUUUGGCUUGAAAAGUAAAUUACCUGAACUUGAUGGAGGACAGUUAGGAACAGGCUUUAAGUUUGGUCUUGAGCAAGGCAAGACGCCAUCAUUUACAUUUCAGAUUUCUUCUGAUACUGAAUCUAAGCCUGCAAAGGAAGGAUUUAACUUUUCAAUGCAAGUGCCUGCAGGUGGAUUUAAGUUUGGGAUACAGGAGUCCAGUAAGAAUACCACAAAGAAAGAUGAACCAUCCAAAGAGUGUACAACUGGCUUCUUAAAAAGCACUGAUGAAAAAGACAAAAAGGAACUGCCUUCAGAUAGUGGAAUUGGAUUCCAAUUUCAAGAAACUGCAGACAAGGAGAAAGGUGACUUUGUUUUUGGGCAAAAUAGCAGCACUUCUACUUUUGCUGAGCUUGCAAAAAGUACUCCUAAGGAAGGCUUUCAAUUUGGCAAAAAGGACCCUAACUUCAAAGGCUUUUCAGGUGCGGGUGAAAAGCUGUUUUCUACACAGAAUUCUAAAAUGGAUCACAAAGCAAACACAUCUGCUGACAGUGAGAAGGAUGAUGAUGUGUAUAAGACAGAGGACAGUGAUGAUAUCCAUUUUGAACCUAUAGUUCAGAUGCCUGAAAAAAUAGAACCAUUUACUGGAGAGGAAGAUGAGAAAGUGUUAUACUCCCAAAGAGUAAAGUUGUUCAGGUUUGAUCCAGAAACAAGCCAGUGGAAAGAACGUGGAGUGGGCAACCUGAAGAUUCUUAAAAAUGAAGUUAAUGGCAAAGUAAGAAUAUUGAUGCGUCGUGAACAGGUACUAAAGGUGUGUGCAAAUCACUGGAUAACAACAACAAUGAACUUGAAACAACUCUCUGGCUCAGACAAAGCAUGGAUGUGGAUGGCCAAUGACUUCUCUGAUGGUGAUGCAAAGUUGGAACAUCUGGCAGCAAAAUUCAAGACACCAGAGCAGGCUGAGGAGUUCAAAGAGAAAUUUGAAGAAUGUCAGAGGCUACUGCUAGACAUACCACUGCAGACACCCCAUAAACUAGUUGAUACAGGUAGGACAGCUCAGCUUAUACAGAAAGCAGAAGAAAUGAAGUGUGGCUUAAAAGAUCUCAAAACCUUUUUGACAGAUGACAAAACUAAACUGUCAGAAGAGGAAAAUGUCAGCUCUGUUAGUGCCAACAGUACUUCUGAUCUGGUUAUAAAGCCACAUGCUGAAAGUACUGGCCCUACUCUGGAAUGGGAUAACUAUGACUUGCGUGAAGAAGCAUUGGAUGAUAGUGUAAGUAGUUCUGUAUAUGCAACACCUCUUGAAAGUAGCCCUGUAAGGAAAAAUCUGUUUAGAUUUGGAGAGUCUACCACUGGUUUUAGUUUUAGCUUUAAAUCUGCCUUAAGCCCGUGCAAAUCUCCUGCCAAACAGAAUCAAAGUAGAACAUCAGUAGGCACAGAUGAAGAUUCUGAUGUUACUCAAGAAGAAGAGAGAGAUGGACAGUACUUUGAACCUGUGGUACCUCUGCCUGAUCUCGUGGAAGUGACCAGUGGUGAGGAAAAUGAGCAAGUUGUCUUCAGUCACAGAGCUAAGCUCUACAGAUAUGACAAAGAUGCAAAUCAGUGGAAAGAGAGAGGUAUUGGGGAUAUCAAGAUAUUGCAGAACUAUGACAACAAACAAGUGCGUAUAGUAAUGAGAAGGGACCAGGUACUAAAACUUUGUGCCAAUCACAGAAUAACACCAGAGAUGAAUUUGCAGCAGAUGAAAGGAUCUGAUAGAGCAUGGGUGUGGACUGCAUGUGACUUUGCAGACGGUGAAAGGAAAGUAGAACUUCUGGCUGUGCGAUUCAAGCUGCAAGAUGUUGCAGACUCAUUUAAGCAAACUUUUGAUGAAGCAAAGCAUGCCCAAGAGAGAGGGACACUGAUAACACCUCUUUCUUCUCGUGCCAAUACACCAAAGGAAUCUCCGUGUGGUAAAAAUGCUGUAGCUGUGCUAGAAGAAACGACCAGAGAAAGAACUGACCUCAGCCAUGGUGAUGAUACUUCUGAUGUAACUGUAGAGGCUGCAGAGAUAUCAAACACUUCUGAAACACCAACAAAAACAGUGGUUUCUCCUCCAAAGUUUGUAUUUGGAUCUGAAUCAGUCAAGAGUAUUUUCAGUAAUGAAAAGUCAAAGACAUUCACGUUUGGAAAUACUUCAGCCACUGGUUCUCUCUUCGGCUUCAGUUUUAAUCCUCCAAAAAAAAGUGAAAACCAUAUUCCAGCAUCUCAGAACACAGCACAGAAAGAAACAGAAGUCUCUGAACCACUGAAAAGUUCUAAUGCUACUCAGAAGCCUGUAGACAGCAAGGUAGACAGCUUUCCUACUACAACACAAGAUGGUGCCUCUAACUUCUCAUUUAGAAUUCUGGAAAAAGCUGAGAAGACAACAGUGUCAGAAGAUGAUCUUUCAUCUGAUGAGGUUAUAAUAGUUUACGAGUUAACACCUACCCCUGAACAGAGAGCUCUUGCUGACUUUCUCAAGCUCCCUUCAACAUUCUUCUGUUACAAGAAUAAGCCUGGAUACGUGAGUGACGAGGAUGAUGAUGAAGACUAUGAAACAGCUGUUAAGAAACUUAAUGGAAGAUUGUAUCCCAGUGAUUCAGAAGAGAAAAAGAAACAACAAGAUCCUGUAAAAGUAGGCAUUGCAGGAAAAAGCGAAUUCAGCAGUGAAAGAAAAUGUGCUGCUACUUCAGAAGAGAAACCAACUCCUGAGGAGAAAGCUGAAGCAGAAGCUCAGCAGAUUCCUUCUACAUCUGUCUGUGGUAUAAGCAGUGAUACGGAACAUAGCAGUCCAGAAGACUUAAAGUCAGAAGCUAAAAUUCAAGAAACGAAAGAGAAUGAGGUUGCAAGCUCAAGUGACUUAGUCCGUACCAGUAAGGAAGAAACACCUACUCCAUCAAUUGAUGAGGUGACAGUAUUUGUCCAGUCACCUACCAGCAGUGAAGAACCAGAUUUCACCACAGAAAAAGUGCAAGUAUCACAGACUUCAUCCCGAGCUGAUGACACACCUGUAGACUUGUCAACUAAAAAGAGUGAUUCAGACUGUUCAGAGUCAACACAAGAAAACAGAGUCAUCUCAUUUGGUUUCGGCAAUACUGCAGGCCUAUCAUUUGCAGAUCUGGCUUCCAAAAGCUCUGGAGAUUUCGCUUUUGGCUCAAAAGAUAAAAACUUCAAAUGGGCAAAUACAGGAGCAGCUGUGUUUGGAGACACUGCCCCUAAAGCAGAGGAAGAUGAAGGUGGUAGUGAUGAUGAGGUGGUGCACAGUGAUGAUAUCCACUUUGAGCCAAUUGUGUCUUUACCAGAGGUGGAGGUAAAAUCUGGAGAAGAAGAUGAAGAGAUUCUCUUCAAAGAGAGGGCAAAACUCUACAGAUGGGACAGGGAUGCUACUCAGUGGAAGGAGCGUGGUGUUGGAGAGAUCAAGAUCCUCUUUCAUACGCAGAAGAAAUACUAUAGAGUCCUAAUGAGAAGAGACCAAGUACUUAAAGUCUGUGCAAACCAUGUCAUCACCAAAGAAAUGAACUUAGUGCCCUCUGAUACAUCAAACAAUGCUUUAAUUUGGACAGCCACAGAUUAUGCUGAUGGUGAAGUAAAAGUUGAGCAACUUGCAGUCCGAUUUAAAAGCCAAGAAAUGGCUAAUUCUUUCAAGAGGAGAUUUGAAGAGUGUCAGCUAAGCUUGUCAGAACUACAGAAGGGGCACUUAUCUCUAGCAGCAGGACUGUCAAAGGACACCAACCCUGUUGUGUAUUUUGAAGUUUCUGCUGAUGAUGAACCUUUAGGACACAUAACCAUGGAGCUGUUUUCAAAUAUUGUCCCAAGAACUGCUGAAAACUUCAGAGCCCUGUGCACUGGAGAGAAAGGAUUUGGAUUCAAGAACUCCCGAUUUCACAGAAUAGUCACCGACUUUGUGUGUCAGGGAGGAGAUAUAACUAACCAUGAUGGAACAGGUGGACGGUCAAUUUAUGGAACAGCAUUUGAAGAUGAGAAUUUUGAAGUGAAACACACUGGUCCUGGAUUGUUGUCAAUGGCAAAUAAGGGCAGGGAUACAAAUAAUUCUCAGUUCUUCAUAACACUUAAAAAAGCAGAACACUUGGACUUCAAGCAUGUUGUAUUUGGGUUUGUGAAAGAUGGAAUGGAUGUCGUGAAAAAGAUUGAAUCCUUCGGUUCUCCUAAAGGGCUAGUAAAUGCAAGAGUUGUCAUUACAGACUGUGGGCAAAUAUAGAAUUAUUUCUUUGAGUAAACAAAUGUUUUAGCGGUAUAAAUCAGUACUUAGAUGUUAUUUACUAAUUAUUUCAACUUCUUAAAAUGGACACUUCUGAUGUAUAAAUGUAAAAUUACAGGUUAUAGUUGGAUUUUUUUAUGUGUUCUAAUUGAUUUUUUUGCAUGUUAAAUAAAGUUCAGGCACUGGCAUAUUUCAGGUGUAUUUGUGUUAUCCUGACAUAUUUGUAUUAAGUGUCAAAUUUUAAAAAUAAAAUCCUAGUCUUGUUAAAAUAAA